AUGGCUAAUUCUCAAGGCACCCUCACCCUGACGGCCAAGAAUGACAGGGGUGGGGGUGGGGAUGCGCACCGCCUGCCACCCGCGUUUGGUGUCUCCCAGGCCCUGGUGGACGAUACUGAGGAUGUGUCCCUGGACUUUGGUAAUGAAGAGGAGCUGGCCUUUCGGAAAGCCAAGAUCAGGCACCCAUUGGCCACCUUUUUCCACCUGUUUUUCCGAGUGAGUGCCAUUGUCACCUAUGUGUGCUGUGACUGGUUCAGCAGAAGCUUUGUGGGCUGCUUUGUCACUGUGCUUCUCCUCCUGUCCUUUGACUUCUGGUCUGUGAAGAACGUAACCGGGAGACUCAUGGUGGGCCUCCGCUGGUGGAACCAGAUAGACGAAGAUGGGAAAAGCCACUGGAUUUUUGAAGCCAGAAAGGUGUCUCCGCAUCAGAUCGCUGCCACGGAGGCGGAGGCUCGCAUCUUCUGGCUCGGCCUCAUCAUCUGCCCGCUCAUCUGGAUCGUGCUUUUCUUUAGCACCUUGUUCUCCUUGAAGCUCAAGUGGCUGGCCCUUGUGAUAGCUGGGAUUUCUCUCCAAGCUGCUAACCUGUAUGGCUACAUCCUUUGUAAGAUGGGAGGCGAGAGCGACAUCAGCAAAGUCACAGCCAGUUUUCUGUCCCAGACGGUGUUCCAGACGCCUCCCACCAUCUACUUUGCUCUAUGA